AUGAAGCGGUUUCUAGGUUCUCUGAGCAGACGUUCAAGCUCCAGCGACAGUGUCUCCGAACACCGCGAAGACUCCCCAGAAGCCAUUAUCACCAAAGAACUGACAGCCUUUUGCGAAUCCAAUGGGAAUGGCGCUGCGCGCGACACCCAAGGAACGGAAGUUGUGCAUCUCCCCAAAAUUGUCGAAAUAGCCGAAUCAAGCCCCAAUGCCGCCAAAGAAGCAGCCUUGCGCAUUCGCAAAUACCUCGCCGAUCCCGCAGGAACCCCAAACUCCACGCAGUACAAUGCCAUCAUGCUCACCCGCAUUCUGGUCGACAACCCAGGCCACACCUUUACGCGCAACUUCGACGCCAAAUUCGUGACGACAGUCAAAGAACUCCUCCGCGCAGGCCGCGACUGGCACGUCCAGAGCUAUCUCCGCCAGUACCUGGACACCCUAGAACAGCAGCGCUCAUGGGACGAGGACCUCAAACUGCUCCUGCAGAUGUGGGCGAAGGAGAAAACAAAGGCCUCCCGCGGACUGAUCGACCGCUUCCCCAUGAACUCCGGCAAUCCACCACCCGUCCCACCACGCCAAAGCCCAAAUCAAUACAGCCCACCCCACCAGACCCUCCCAAACCCAGAAGAACUUGCCGCCCGCAUCGCAGAAGCGCGCAACUCAGCAACGCUGCUGACCCAAUUUGUGCGCUCGACCCCGCCAAUAGAACUAGAAGACAACGACCUCGUCAAGGAGUUCCUCGACCGCUGCCGCACAGGCGCGCGCAUCAUCCAGGGCUUUAUCUACUCCCGAAACCCGCCGCCGGACGAGGACACGCUGCAAACCCUGAUUCAGGCGAACUCCGAGAUCACCGACGCCAUCUCCUUCCAGCAGCACGAGAUGCUGAAGGCCCGCAAGCUUCGGGGCUCUUCCUCCCCGAGCUCCUCUCAUGCUAAUAGUCCUGAUUCCGUGCCCGUUGCGUCCGGCGCCAAUCCUUCUCCUGUUCGGGGUCCCCAAAGUUCUGGUCCUGGGCCUGCGGAAUUGCCUAGUACGGUUAUGACGGGUGGUCGUGUGCCUGUCGCUCCUGCUGCCCCUCCUGCUGCCCCUGCCACUGCCACUGCUGCCCCCGUCCCUACCCCUACUGCCACCGCUACCACUGCUGCCGCUCCCUCGACUAGUCGCUAUGAGUAUAAUGCUGCGGAUUUCGAGGUUCGGAAUCCGUUUGCUGAUGACUAUGCUACCAAUGAGUCGUCGGGUGGGCAUCGGCAGGAUGGGACUGAUCGCGCGCGCUAG